AUGCAUCUCGCACUCCCUAUUUUGUUCCUUCCUGCGCUUGCGCUUUGCAUGCCUCAACUACUUAUUCGGCCCACUGCGGAAAGUGUCAUAGAGUCAGUCGUCAACAUCCAUAACGCUGUUGUGGAACAAGAUGGUAUCCUGCAAGAAUACACCGGGGGCUUCACGCCAACCGCCAUCGUCGAGGACGUAAAGACCCUGGCCGGCUUUGCCAAGAUCCACAGUGCGAAUCGCCAGGGAUUUCGGCGCGCGACUUUUGCUGCGCAAUUCAGCGUCGAGGAAACCGUGAAGUUCAUUGACACGGUAGUCGCCACUGUGAAUAUCAGUAUUCCAAUAUCAACUCAGCAUCUUCGCGCAAAAAAACAGGUUUACAAGGAAAAUGGUUCGCGGUCGGUCGUGGUGGCCACUCUAGCGUUGUUGUUGUACGACCACGAUACCUUCACUGUUGCGGCGGGGAAGAACUUCAACCCUGGUACCCCUUGGGACAAGCUGAAUCAGGCAAACGAUGCGGCGAAUAAUAUCCAUGGCGUUAUUCAGAGCGCACUCCUAUACUACAGCUUGGGCUUGAACUUGUAG